UCCACUCCAUAUCUUUAACGCUCCUACUUGCCUCUAACUAAAUCCAUAUCAAAACCAAAACCAAAUCCCCACACCUCCGAACACACAAAGAUACACAUAUCAAACACUAUGUCCUCCCCAAUUCAAAUACCGCACUCAAACAUCUCUACACAACAACCCCAAUACCAGCACCAAACAUACAGCUCCCAGAGCUCACUGCCCAUCUCACACUUCUCAACAUCGUCGUCAUCGACAGCGUCAACGAUAACACCAAGCCGAUAUCUCGAGGCAUGCAGGGCUGCACGAAGCGCUGAUACAUGCGAGGGUAGUGAUGGAGAGGACACAACGGCGCAGUGUACCGGCACUGUGCAACGCGAGCGACAGUUGCUGUUUUUGAUGGGAUUUGGGGGACAAGGGAGUGGAGCUACGUUGGGUUUGGGGUAGAAUGGACAUAAAAUGGGUUCAGAAUGGGUUUACUAUAUAUACCAUGGUCAUAUCUUUUAUGGUUCUGAAGGCUUGACUACAGCAAGCUAUCGCUUUGGGGGUUGGGCUGAGAGGCGUUUUUGGGAGGCG